AACCAUUUUGACCUUUCAAAAUCCCCCCCUCGGAAAUCCCAAAGCCGAACAUCGAAGCCACGAGCUCGAAGGAUCUCCAGAGCACGAGCAAGCAGCAGCAGCAGCGAUCGCCGAUGGGAGCCGCCCACAUCUGGAACGCCACGGAGGUCGCCGGGGAAGCCGGCGGUGGCGGCGGCGGCGGCGCUAUUCCCUCCUCGCCGCUCGCCGUCGACACCUCCCUCUCCCUCCCCGAGAUGUCCCCUCGCGUCGUGGAGCUGUGCAAGGAUUUGUUCGCGGAGUGGUCGAAGCUCGACGAUUCUCGUUUCGCCGUGGAGACCGUGUCCGGCGGCAUCACGAAUCUAUUGUUGAAGGUGUCGGUGAAAGAGGAAAGCGGAAAUGUGGAAUCUGUUACUGUCAGAUUAUACGGGCCUAACACCGAGGAUGUCAUUGAUCGCGCAAGAGAACUCCACGCUAUCAAGUACCUUUCGGCUGCAGGAUUUGGUGCGAAGUUGCUUGCAGUUUUUGGGAAUGGCAUGGUUCAGUCAUUUAUAAAUGCUCGUACACUCACUCCAGAAGAUAUGAGAAAACCAAAGCUGGCAGCUGAAAUUGCUAAGCAGCUGCACAAAUUCCAUCAAGUGGAAAUUCCAGGUUGUAAAGAACCUCAACUGUGGAAUGAUAUAUUCAAGUUUUUCGAGAAAGCAUGUGAUCUCAAGUUUGAUGAUAAUGAAAAGCAAAGGAAGUACGAAACAAUAUCUUUUAAGGAAAUUCAUGAUGAACUUCUUGAGCUAAAGGAAUUAACCGGCCUUCUUAAUGCUCCUGUGGUAUUUGCUCACAAUGACUUGCUCUGUGGCAAUUUAAUGCUCAAUGAUGAGGAAGGGAAACUCCACUUCAUUGAUUUUGAGUAUGGGUCAUAUAAUUACAGAGGGUAUGACAUAGGAAAUCACUUCAAUGAAUAUGCAGGCUAUGAAUGCAACUACAGUUUGUACCCAAGUAAAGAUGAACAGUAUCAUUUCUUUGGGCACUAUCUGAUGCCAGACAAACCGCAGGAGGUGUCUGAUAAAGAUCUCGAAGCUCUGUACAUCGAGACCAACACAUACAUGUUGGCAGCACACCUAUUUUGGGCAUUAUGGGGAUUAAUCCAGGCAAAGACGUCGCCCAUCGAUUUUGAUUACAUGGAAUAUUACUUUCUGCGGUAUAACGAAUUCAAGAGGCAGAAGCAGAGUUCCAUCUCAUUGGCCAGAAGCUACCUUAUGGGAUCUUGAGCCGUGGGGGUGUUUGUUUGUACACCCACACCUAGCCGUCUGUAGAAGCUUUUGGAUAGAUUUUUCCACAUUUAGGACUCGUACCGUAAUGCUGGAAAACUAGAGAUACACACUCUGGAAGAAAUUGCUAGAAAUCUUGGGACGCGGUGUCGUGCAUAGUUGUAGCCUUGUUGUUGUGCCUUAUUCGUUCCCUAUUCUUUUUUCGCUUAUAAAGAUGUCAGAUGUUCAAACUCAACACCUUGAAGCAUAAAUAGCGAUUUACUCUCUUUUGUUCC